GAAGUCCUAUGAGUUUGAAGACUUACUGCAGUCUUCCUCUGAGAACAGCAGGGUGGACUGGUACGCACAGACUAAGCUGGGGCUCACACGCACUUUAUCGGAGGAGAACGUCUAUGAAGACAUUCUAGAUCCGCCCAUGAAGGAAAACCCUUAUGAGGACGUUGAGUUACAUGGUCGCUGCCUCGGGAAGAAGUGUGUCUUGAACUUUCCAGGUUCUCCCACCUCUUCCAUCCCUGACACACCUGCCAAGCAGUCCUUGUCCAAACCUGCCUUUUUUCGGCAAAAUUCAGAAAGGAGGAACUUCAAACUGCUGGACACAAGGAAGUUGAGUCGGGAUGGAACUGGGUCCCCUUCCAAAACCAGCCCUCCCUCCACCCCCAGCAGCCCUGAUGACACUUUCUUUAACCUCGGGGACCUGCAGAAUGGUAGGAAGAAGAGAAAGAUACCCAAGCUGGUAUUGCGAAUCAAUGCCAUCUACGAAGCCCGGAGAGGAAAGAAACGCGUGAAGAGGCUGUCCCAGUCCACAGAGAGCAACUCAGGAAAAGUGACGGAUGAGAACAGCGAGUCUGACAGUGACACCGAGGAGAAGCUGAAAGCCCACAGCCAGCGCCUGGUCAAUGUGAAGUCACGGCUGAAGCAGGCUCCGAGAUACCCGUCCCUGGACCGGGAGCUGGUCGAGUACCAGGAGAGGCAACUUUUCGAGUACUUCGUGGUCGUGUCCCUGCACAAGAAGCAGGCUGGGGCUGCAUACGUGCCCGAACUCACCCAGCAGUUUCCGCUGAAGCUGGAAAGGUCGUUCAAGUUCAUGAGAGAAGCUGAGGACCAGCUGAAGGCUAUCCCCCAGUUCUGUUUCCCCGACGCCAAGGACUGGACUCCGGUCCAGCAGUUUACCAGUGAAACAUUCUCGUUUGUCUUAACUGGAGAAGAUGGGAGCAGAAGGUUUGGUUACUGCCGAAGACUGCUGCCUGGUGGCAAAGGAAAGCGUCUCCCUGAAGUCUACUGCAUCGUGAGCCGCCUGGGAUGCUUCAGCCUCUUUUCAAAGAUCUUGGAUGAGGUGGAAAAACGACGAGGCAUCUCUCCUGCCCUGGUCCAGCCUCUCAUGAGGAGCGUUAUGGAAGCCCCCUUCCCAGCCCUGGGCAAAACCAUCAUGGUCAAGAACUUCUUGCCUGGGUCAGGAACUGAGCAGGUGAUUGAACUGUGCCGUCCGCUGGACUCCCGGCUCGAACACGUGGACUUUGAGUCUCUCUUUUCCUCUCUCAGCGUCCGACACCUGCUCUGCGUUUUUGCCUCCCUGCUCCUGGAAAGGAGGGUCAUCUUCAUCGCAGACAAGCUCAGCACCCUGUCCACGUGCUGCCACGCGAUGGUGGCGGCCAUCUACCCCUUCACCUGGCAGCACACCUACAUCCCCGUGCUGCCGCCCGCCAUGAUCGACAUCGUGUGCUCGCCAACGCCCUUCCUCAUCGGGCUGCUCACCAGCUCACUGCCGCUGCUCAGGGAGCUGCCGCUGGAGGAGGUCCUAGUGGUCGACCUCGUCAACAAUCGGUUCCUCAGGCAGAUGGACGAUGAGGACUCCAUUCUGCCCCGGAAGCUUCAGGUAGCCCUGGAACACAUUCUGGAGCAGAGGAAUGACCUGGCUAGUGAGCAGGAUGAUGGGCCCCCGGAUGGCAAGCGAGGCCCUGAGUCCAGCCCCUUGAACGAGGUGGUGUCUGAAGCCUUUGUCCGCUUCUUCGUGGAGAUCGUGGGCCACUACUCGCUGUUCCUGACGGUGGGCGAGCGCGAGGAAAGGACCCUGCAGCUGCAGCGAGAGGCCUUCCGCAAAGCCGUCUCCUCCAAGAGCCUCCGCCGGUUCCUGGAGGUCUUCAUGGAGACCCAGACAUUCCGGGGCUUCAUCCAGGAGCGGGAGCUGCGCCGGCAGGACGCCAAAGGUCUAUUUGAGGUCCGAGCCCAGGAGUACCUGGAAACACUCCCCAGCGGAGAACACAGCGGUGUCAACAAGUUCCUGAAGGGACUAGGCAAUAAAAUGAAGUUUCUCCACAAGAAAUAGCCCUCAACCCAGACUCCAGGGAAAUCUUCCUCCCAGGGCAACCACAUGUCUUAAAAACAGUCCUGGUGGUCUUCCUGAGAAGUCAGUCCUUGGUUGUCCCAGGUGCUGGGAUAAAGGCCUGGAUGGUUUCUGCUCAUCCCUGGGCUGUCCCCAGGAACAGGACCCCAGAGCUGCCGGUAGGCAGCUUCUUCAGAACAGCACUGGAAAUGGGACCUGGGACCAGGCACAUUCAAAGGGAUUGUUUUGGGUUGUUGGAUUUGGGGUGUUUUUUUUUUUUAAUCUUAGCUAUUAAAAAAGAAGAAGAAAAGUG